AUGCACUCUCUGCAGAGGGAGUUUACUCUUCUGAAAAAGAAUUGGCAUUCGGUUAAGACGCUACAAAAGUUGAAUGAGGGAAGAUAUAUCAGUGUAAAAUACCAAAACGAAGCAAACCGGAAACGGAUUUUAAUCACUGGUGGUGCAGGUUUUGUUGGCUCUCAUUUAGUAGAUCGUCUGAUGCUUGAGGGACAUGAGGUCAUCGCACUUGAUAAUUACUUCACCGGUCGAAAACGGAAUGUGGAACACUGGAUUGGACAUCCUAACUUUGAGCUUGUCCACCACGAUGUGGUUAAUUCAUAUCUUACCGAAGUAGAUGAAAUAUAUCAUCUUGCCUCUCCCGCAUCGCCAGCUCAUUACAUGUAUAACCCUGUUAAAACCAUCAAAACAAACACCAUUGGUACCAUAAAUAUGCUAGGCUUAGCUAGAAGAUUGAAAGCACGUAUAUUAUUAGCCUCAACAUCUGAAAUUUAUGGUAAUCCGGAGGUGCAUCCACAGCCAGAAAAUUACUGGGGGCAUGUAAAUACAGUAGGACCACGUUCAUGCUACGAUGAAGGAAAACGGGUCGCUGAGGCUUUGAUGGUUGCCUAUCAUGUCCAGGAGAAAGUGGACAUCCGAAUUGCGCGGAUAUUCAAUACCUUCGGACCUCGAAUGCAUAUGAACGAUGGUCGUGUUGUGAGUAAUUUCAUCCUGCAGGCUUUACGUAAUCAUCCGAUGACCAUCUUUGGUGACGGCAAACAAACUCGUUCGUUCCAAUAUGUGGACGAUUUAGUGACAGGAUUAAUCAAAUUGAUGGGAAGUAACUGCACAGAUCCAGUUAAUAUUGGAAAUCCGGAAGAAAGAACAAUUAUUGAAUUUGCAGAAUUGAUCCGCGGUUUAAUAGGCAGUAAUUCGAGUAUUGUUCAUGAACCUGAACAGCAGGAUGAUCCACAACAGCGCAAACCUGAUAUCUCACGAGCUAAUGAAAAACUGAAGUGGAAGCCUAUAAUUUCGAUGCAUGAUGGCUUAAUUAAAACCAUUGACUAUUUUCGGGACGAAUUGGAGUAUGAUCGGAUGAUGCUCGAAGAAGAUUAUAGAAAAGAUGAACAGGAUGGUAAAUCAGAAAUCUUCUUUGCAACUCGAAAGAAUUUGUGA